GUGCCGACUGGGGUCGAGGCGGCUGGGCUGGUCGCGCGGCUCGCUGCAGGCCGGCACCGCGUGCUCCGCCGCCAGCGAGCUGGAUCUCUCCUCGCGCUCGCGACGCUCGCAGAAAGCUCGGUUGUUGUCUAGAUUAAAACUGCUGGGCGCCAGCGGCGAAGCGCCACUGCUGAGCGGCUGGCGCAGCACGCCGCACACGCCGCACGCGCCUGCCACGCCCGCCCCCCACCACUCACACAACCAUCUCGCUCCGCAUUGCAACGGGACCGACAGUGGCAGCAGAGCCGGUCUGCGCCGGCGCUCCACGUACACGAGCGGGCGGCUGCGCCCGGGCCCGCACUGGUCCUUCGUGUUCGACCCCGCGGGCCGGCUGUGCUACUACUGGUCGAUGGUCGUGUCGCUCGCCUUUCUCUACAAUCUUUGGGUUAUCGUCUACAGGUUCGCCUUCCAGGAGAUCAACGGGGAAACGUUGGUGGUGUGGUUUUGCCUUGACUAUUUCUCUGACUUCCUGUACCUGGCCGACAUCCUGUUCCACUUCCGCACCGGCUACCUGGAGGACGGCGUACUGCAGACGGACGCCGCCAAGCUGCGCGCGCACUACAUGAACUCCACCACAUUCUACAUCGACUGCCUGUGCCUGCUGCCGCUCGACUUUCUCUACCUCUCCAUCGGCUUCAACUCCAUCUUGCGCUCUUUUCGCUUAGUCAAGAUCUAUCGGUUUUGGGCUUUCAUGGACCGCACCGAAAGACAUACGAACUAUCCAAAUUUAUUUAGGUCGACCAGUUUAAUACAUUACUUACUAGUGAUAUUUCAUUGGAACGGGUGCUUGUACCAUAUAAUAUAUAAAAACAAUGGAUUCGGGAGUAAAAACUGGGUGUAUCAUGACACGGAAACGGCGGACGUGGUGAAACAAUAUCUUCAAAGUUACUAUUGGUGCACGUUGGCGCUCACUACGAUCGGAGACUUGCCACGGCCGCGCAGCAAAGGCGAGUACGUGUUCGUGAUCGCGCAGCUGCUGUUCGGGCUGCUACUGUUUGCCACCGUGCUGGGCCACGUGGCGAACAUCGUCACCUCGGUCAGCACGGCCAGGAAGGAGUUUCAGGCCAAACUGGACGGUGUGAAGACGUACAUGAGAAUGCGGCGGGUGCCGACUCACCUGCAGGUCAAGGUCAUCAAGUGGUUCGAUUACCUCUGGCUUACGCAGAAGUGCUCUGACGAAGAGAAGGCGGUCUCGUGCCUUCCGGACAAGCUCAAGGCGGAGAUUGCAAUAAAUGUUCAUUUGGACACGUUGAAGAGGGUGGAAAUUUUUCAAAAUACGGAAGCGGGAUUCCUUUGCGAGUUAGUGCUGCGAUUAAGACCGGUGCUAUUUUCGCCAGGAGAUUUCAUCUGCAGGAAAGGGGAAGUAGGAAAAGAGAUGUACAUAGUAAACCGAGGGAAGCUGCAGGUGGUAGGAGAUAACGGAAAGACUGUAUUGGCUACACUCAAAGCGGGUUCUUAUUUUGGCGAAAUUUCCAUUCUGAACAUGGGCACGGCAGGCAACCGGCGGACAGCAUCGGUGCGCUCCGUGGGCUACUCGGAUCUGUUCGUGCUCAGCAAGAAGGACAUGUGGGACGUGCUCAAGGAGUAUCCUGCAGCGCGAGUGCGCCUCGAAGCGAUAGCCGUCAAAAGACUUGAGAAAUACAAGAAAGCGCCGCUAGAAAAAGUGGCAAUGGGUCGCUGCCAGUCGACGCCCGGUCUCGUGGAGACGAGCGGGCGCGUGCCCAUCGAGGAGAUGCAGCUGCCCGCUGCGCACGCAGCGCCCCCGCUGCACUCCUCACACCCGCCUUCCUACCGGGACCAGCUUUAUAGUUCGUCAGUAAGUCCUCUACGUGUAGCAUCUCCUGUGGCUUCGUGCGCGUCAAGCGCUCGUAGCAGCGCGGCCGGCGCAGGCAGCAUGGCCGUCGCCGCCGUGGCCGCCGCCGCAGCCGCCGCCGCAGCCGGCUCCGGCGCCGGCCCUCGCGUCAUGCUCGACUCGCAUGACGUGUUAGAAUGUGAAAUCAAGCGUCUUCGGGAACGCCUACACACUGUCGAGACUGAAAACGCCGCCAUGUCGGCGAAACUCAGUCAGCAGCAGUGGGAGGUAGAUCAGAGGCUGCAGGAGAUCGAAAUGCAAAUAUGUGGCGGAAGCUCGCUGAGCUCCCAAGAGGAGAAUGAGCGCAACCGUGAAAGCAUCAUUUAACAGCGCGCCUCGCCCCCGGCUGCGGCCCCGCGGCCGCUGCCGCCCCGGCCCGUGUUGCGGCUGUCUGCCGUCUUCUAACCUGCCCGAGCGCAGAGCCUGCGUCGUCGGUGCGUGACCGAGUGCGCCAUCGCAACGCCCUCACGUCAUGCACCCGUUCGACGUCACUGAGUGUUAUCGAUCCUCCGAGUACUUUCUGAGAACUUCCUUUGUUACGAAGAAUGAUUGUAAUGUGGUUUUACAAUGGAUAAAAUAAAUGUUAUAAUAUUUAAUACGAAUUAACUUUAUCAAAUUUAUACAUAUACGUAGUAUAACGACUCGCUACUGUUUGUCGAGUGACCGUGGAGUGAGAUUAUGCCGAGACAAUAUCGUAAUGUAAAGUCAUUUAAGUGCAUCGAGAUGUGUCGAGUGCUGGAGAGAGUGGGAGCGGUGAGUGCGCUCCGGUUUUCAGUUCCGAGUUAUUUUCACGCAAGGCGCACUUCUUUCUGGAUGAACGUUGAUACGAAUUAUUUUCUUUGUAAGUCAAUCUAUGUCGUGCAUACCUCGUGUCUAUGUUAACGACCUUUGUUUUAAUACUUAAAUAAGAUAAGAGUAUGGAAUAGAUUAUUAUAUACAUACAUAUUUAUAUAUCUUUUGAAUUUAUAAUGUUUUAUUUGUUUUUGCAGGUGUUAUUAAUCACAAAAUAUUUACGUCUCGAAUUUGAAAUUACAUUUUGAAAAUAUUGAACGUUACGUUAAGCAUAUUUAUUAUUAUUCAAAUGAUUAUUAAUGAGUAACUAACAAAGGAACUAAACUAAUAAGUUAAGAGUUUUAUGUUAUUUCCUAUACUUACAUAGAAGAUGGAUGAUAUUACCCUAUCCAUUAUAUCUGAGCUUUAAUUAUAAUAAACUCCGUAAGACUUUACUAUGUUGUCUGAACCAUUUUUAGAAGCGUUGAUUCCAUACACCAUUUUGUCACGUAUAACGUACAUUGUAUAAUGUAGAUUGUACAUAACUAUGUACCUAAUUGCGGUGGCUGCGUGCCAUAAAUAAAGCAGCCGACUCUUAAUAGUAAAGCUCAGGUGGGGUAAGAGGAACAUAGUUUAUUUUACUUGAAGUGUUUCUUCUGUCCCCGUGUUCCUCUUAUUCCGCCGAAUCUUAUAUGUGUUCACCUGAAAAAGAUACGGCUGUUUCAAUUACGGCGAUAAAGGUGGUAUCAUUCAUACAAGUAUAGUAUACCCUCUGGUGUCUGGAUAGCAUUUUCAUUGAUUACCCAUGAAUAUAUUAUUGAAUUUCUUAAGUAAUUAACGCCGGUAACUCGGAGUGAUGAAAUCGACCAUAGUAUACCUAUUGUAUUACCUAUGUACGUGAACGAAGUGAGUACUACCUACCUAACGAGUAAGAAACUUAGCUGUAAAUGAAUAAGUACAUCACUUUGGGAACUUCAGAUGAUCAGUAUCUACCUACUGCCAGACAUAACUAGAAACUUGUAGCUAAGUAAGAAGUUUUAAUGUAAAUUACUACCUAUACCAUACCAAUUAACUGAAAGACGUUUUGUACUUUUACUUAUACUUUCUAUAAUAUUUAUAAUUAUUGUUCACACGAUCGUUACAUACCUAAUUAUUUAACACUAAUGUGUUCUAAGUACCUAAGUGUAGACUCAUUGUUGACGCUUCAAAAGUAUUUAUUUUAUAUCUGAUUAUGUUAUUGCGAUGCUCACACUAAAUAAAUAAAAUAGUCGGAAUAUUUGUCAGUUAUACGUAUAGGUACCUACCUUGAUACCUAUCUACUUUAUAUGGAAACCUGUGUUUCAUACACAGAGCGUUAGUAUAAAAUUGAGAUGGCACCAUCAGUGUAGUAACUAUGUGAUCGGAUAUUAAUAGUAAAGCUUUGUUGACACGUUCCUGUAGUACGAGUAAGUACACUGACGGGGCCACCUCGGUUCACGUGCUGAGUGGGCGCAGGCGCAGAGAGCCAGCGUCGUACAUAUUCGUGGAGCCAGCGCAGGACCAUACAUUCAUUUGAUAGCCGCUUUCUCAUAUUCGAUUAAUGGAGAUUUAAUUGAGGGGAAAGCACGACUGAUGAUCAGAAAUAUCUACAUUGCUACUUGCACAGUAUUACCGUUAAACCGCCCAACUCUUGUCCAGUCUCCCAACUACCUAUAUAGCCCAAAACUAACUCCAGUAGUUUCCUUUUGGUGUGAUUAUUAUUGGAAAGGGACUCUAUUCAAAAUGUUAAUUAAUGGAAAUAAAUCUUUGAUGUAAACAAAAAGCCAGUCUGCCAGUGACCACGAACGGUAACGUCAGGCUAUAAAUAAAUGUAAGUUUUACGCGAUUAAGGCCCGUGUUAGUUUUAAAAUUAUGAGUGAUAAUCGUGUUAGAUUAAAUCAAACUAAAAACAAAAAGGACCACUACGUAUGUGGACAAUAGUAACUAAUUAAAUUAUCGUUUAUUGAAAAUACAAAAAAAAACGAAACUAAUACAAUAUCAAUCCACAGCGCAGGCUUCGUCAUAGUUGUUACACGCAAAAAAUAGUAUCCACAACAUGUUUCGUCAAAAAAAAAAAAACAAAAUCAAACUACAGCUCCGAAGUUCCGAACUGUUCCCUGCCUGGCCCAAGCGUCCCAAAAAUGCUAGCCGCAGAAUAGCCAAAGAUAUCUGUUGAACCAGAUAAGAGCCAGCCCGGGGUUCGAAGCCCCUGUCCCUUAGCCGACGCCCAAUCUCCCUAACCUGCUUCUUGGCCUCGGUGCACCAUGGCUCAGCCGUUUCGACAGCAACCGGAACAAAGUCAUACACUGGUCCUAAGUUGGCGUAUUUACCGUGCUUAAACUUAUGUUAGUAGCAGCCUCAGCCGCUGCACCUACCUCUUCCUUUUGUUUUUGGACCAUGGUUGUAGUAGGUACUGGACUAUAGUUGGGUGUAGUUAUUAUAAUGUUGUAAACCUUCCAUAUUUUAUUAGGUAUUUACUGCGUUACGAAUAUAGUUAGAAGCCCGGUUUUAUGUUUUCUUGGCACCCAAAAAUAUGUUAGAUAGGCGAUUAAACUUUUGACUGUAAAUAAUAUAUUUAUUUAUUGUUAUUAUAUUCCAUAAAUUUUCUUCUAACAUAUUUCUCAAUUAUAAAGUGGUAAGAGAGAUGCAUUAAUGCGAUUGAAUAUUAACGAAAUGCAAGUGCUUCUUAACAGACAUAGCAAUACGUAGGGUUUUAGGUUUAACAUUUUCAUGUUCGCUAUACUUCAAUAAUGUACGUGACAGACAAUGAUGUAUUUUUUUAUAUAUGUGUGAGUUUUAUGACAGCAGCAGUGAGAGUUUCAGGAAGAAAAGAGUGAAAGGUUCAGGUUGAUUUUGUUUGCAGUUUCCAGGCUUGCGCAAGUCAAAUUGUUAAUUCAAUUAUGUCUCGCACGUGUUUCCUUUUAUUGUUAAUAAAAAGAUUAUUAUGAUAUAAA